AUGAGUUUUGAAUAUUUUCCGAAACUUCCACCAAAAAUUCGAUUAAUGAUUAUUGAUAAAAUGAACCCCAAAGAUAGAUUACAAUUCAGAAAAUGCUCUAAAUUGUGUUCUAAAGAAGUGAAGAUUUCGAAAAACUAUUGUUAUGGUUUGGAGUGGAACAGCCGAACCUUUUCACUCGAUAAACUUCCAACUAUUGUUCUUCGAUUCUAUUAUGAUUGUAAUAUUUUUGAUACUCUAAAGAUUGUGUUGAAUCAUUUGUCAGAAAAGUGCAUCAAGUUGUAAGUUUUUAAUGAAAAAAUUGAAAUACACCGAAUUUCCAAUUUCUGUUUAGCAAAACUUUUUCACCAAAUCCAAAAGAACCAAUCAAAUCUUUUGGAAAGAAAUUCAAGGAUGAAGAUGAAAUUAGUAUACAUAAAUACGCUCAAGAGGUAUUUAUCAAAAAGUUUAGAAAGUAUCAAGGGGCCAUUAAAAAACUUGUUAUUCUUGGCGACUCUUUUCCUCGAUCUCCCAUUUUCACUGAAAAAAUAGAGAAUUUGGAAUAUCUUGAAUAUUUGCAUUGUGAUGGAUAUAAAAACUUUAUGAGUUUUACAAAACUUCGGGAGAUUUUUUCAAAAAUUGGAGAUCAUAGAAAAUUGAAGGGAUUGAGGCUCGAAAAAUUCCGCGCAACAAAAAAAAUAUCCAAAUUAUCUCGAAUAUAUGACACUCAAGAUAUUCUAUAUCUCGAUUUCAAUUUAUCAGAUUAUCGAAAAAUAACAACCGUAGCUGCAAAAAAUAUAUCAAUUCCAAUUGGAAAAUGGAAACCAGAGCAUAUUUUUGAGUUCUUCAAGAAUUGGCAUCACGGAAAAUUAGAUGCUGUCCAAAAUUUUCAAUGGAGAAUAGGUGACUACGAAGACUUCGAUAUUGAAAAAGUUUUUGAUCUUCUAGAAAUCAAAAGAGUUAACGAAUAUUAGUAAGUGGAAAUUAUACAAUUUUAAAUUUAAAAAAUUUAAAAAAAUUCGUGUCUGUAUUCAGCAAAUCUCAUACAAUUGGACAUGAAUUUGAUGAGAAGAAAAAUGCAAUAAUUAUUUACAAACUGAAAAGUCUAGAAGCGCUCCGAUAUAUAAAAUAUUUGACUUUUCAUGUUUUUGAAGGAGAUAUCGAUGAUUUAGAUUCAGUUCAAAGAGAUCGAGCAGAAAUGAGUGAUUUCUUUCUGUUUUUUCAUCAAGGAAUGCUUACACAAUCUAUAUUUUUCCCGGAUGACAGGAAAUAUAGUUUUGAAUUUUGA